CGGCAGAUUGUCGCUUUCCAUGACUGCCGACCGUCCAGAGCCCAUUCGGUUCGGGACAUGUUCGGCAAGAGGGCGACGGAGCUGCAACCGUGGCCAGAGGGUGGGGAUGAUGCGGACGCUGCUGCGGCAGACGACGACAUCGACGACGAGUGGACAGACGAUGAUGACACGCCGCUAAGUGGCGACCCAACGGCUGAGCGGGUGUGCUUCACUUACGGUGGGGGACGUGACGGCAUGGAUUCAUUCACAUCAGUUAUCACUGGUGGUGUGCCGUCGACCGCACAGAGGGAGUUGGAGACAGGAGGGGGGGGAGGCCGUGAUGACGACAACUCGGGUGUCCCUGAGGAGGCAGUUCAGGGGGAAUUCGAUGAUGAGGGACAGGAUGUCGCCGCGGGUAGUGGGUCAGGUGGUGGACGCCGUGGCGACGGGGAGACCGCGGGUGAUGAGGGGCAAGAUGUUGUCGAGGGCGGUGGGUCCCCUCGUGGGGGGCGUGGCGACGGCGAGACCACGGGUGAUGAGGGACAGGGUGCCCCCGUGUGUGGCAGGGGAGAGGGUGGACCCGGUGGAGAUGGGGAUACCGCGGGUGUCGGGGGAGACGAUGGACCGGACGAAGAUGAUGAUGACGACCAUGGUCCCGAGGACGAUGCGUAUAGGCUCGCCCUGGUGUUGAGGGACCCCACAGUACCUCCCUUGCACCUCGACGACUCAGCGCACACUUUCUUCGACGUCGACGCUUUGGCGCAAGCGUUGACGGAUGACCCUUUCGCACACAUGGGCUGCGUGAGCGGCAAGAGGCGGGCCACUGGGAGGGUGUAUUCACUGCCGCCGUUCGUGGUGCAGAGCCCUCGAUGGUCGGGUUCGUCGCUCAGCGGCGUGAGAGGGAGGGAGUCCGGAGCGGGUGAGGUGGGGUCCGUCAAACGCAGCGACGGCGGCAGAAACAGUGCAGGAUGGAUGCCGCCACCGCCCGCACGGACUCCGGAGGCUGUGGUCGACGUCGGGGACCAGACGGCGGCACCCGGAGUUGCGCACAGUGGCGGUUCCCCGCCGAGAGUCCGAGGUGGUGUGGGUGGCGGAUGGUCAGCUGUUCGUCGGGUCGGGGACCAGUUGGGGGCGGAUUACGACGCCGGGAGGGGCAUCUUCUCGGGAUGUACGCCAUUAUAGACGCAGGCUGCGGAGGGUGGGUCAGGACGUCCGAGCCUGCAGAUGGCAGGCCGCAUGCUCGGUUUGUCACGUGC